AUGUCUCGCUCGUUGUCGAUGGAUUGGCCUAGUGCGCGGGUGGCCCAAGGUGGCCUUUUCCACACACCGAAAGCGCGCUACACAAAGGAAACGCAGGAUUUGAUUAAAGUUUUGAUGGAAGAAGCAAAAUUAACGAUCCUGCAGCGGAACAAAAUCAAUUACCAUCUCCGAAACGGAGAACCUUUGCCGGUUCCCAAAGAGCCUAAGUUCGAACAGGAGUACAACAACUUCCUUCCCAUGGCCAUCCCGAGGAAAAAUAUUAAAAGGCGUUCCCUUUCAACCAUCAUCGAAAGCGGUGCAUUCGAUGUGGAGAAAUACGUUCCCCACAAGCCGAAGGAACCGGCUGAGAAGCUGAAGAUUAAACUCCAGGAACAAAUGAGUGGUGUGAAGGUGUUCCCGGACGACGGACGUAAACGAAAGGUGCUGCGCAGCAAGAGUGAAGGAUGUUUGGAUUUUGUGACACCAGAUCGAGCUAGUGAACUGCUUGAAGAAAUUAAUGAACGCGUCCAAUGGAUAGAAGAGAUGGAGGCACUUGGCGAGGGGAAAAAGCACCGGGCAACUAUUCAGCUACAGAUUGCGGAAAAACUCAACGAACUCAAACGCCUAGAACGGAACAAGUCACAGGAAAACGAAAUCUAAA